AUGAGACUUGGCCGUCGCCGAGAGGAAAGUCUCUCAUCGUCCGACGAUACUACGAUAUCGGAUCAGGAUGAUGAGCCACAUUAUGAGUACAUUCUCAAGGAGAUGUACGUGCCUUCCUUGAGUGACAACUCAUUUGCCGGCCAGAAAGACCUUGUGGAAACCACUUGGAAGCAAGAGGGAACAACCGAGCCGUGGUUUGCAAAGCCAGAAUUCCUUGGCCGUCUUCAAAAUUCGGUUCGCGUCCUGUCAUUUGGCUACAAUGCCCACCGUUUCGGCGAUGUCGCCAAUACGAGAAUAAUUCAUCACGCCAAUGAUUUACUCCGAAAUCUGGUUCUCAAACGACUCGAUCACCCAGCAAUACUUCUUUGCGCGACAAACGACGAUUGGAAAGCUAUUAAGCAAGCCACCAAGUCCAUCAUCUUCAUGGGAACUCCUCAUAUGGGAUCUGAGAAAGCUGAAGACCUCGUCGUUGUGCAGAAAUUGGCAUCUUUGAUGAAACUUCAAACGGCGGUUGCGACAAACCUCACAAAGGAACUCCGUGCUUUUUCCAACUCAGUACAAGAUAUCAACAUGGAAUUUACUAUUGAUGUUCACCGUUCGAUCAAGCUCCUAUGUUGCUAUGAGUCUCAUCCGCAGCGGUUACCUAAUGGAGCAAAAGAAAUUGUAAGUGAACCUUGUGGCCAUGUUAAUCCCGCUAACUUCGCCAAGAUAGUCCCUCAAUGGUCUGCUGUCCUUCAAGGCGUCGAUAGCAUAGAUCUGAAUUGUACGCACUCUGGAUUGCCUAAAUUCGCUUCCCCUUUACACCCACGGUUCGAACUGUUCUGGGGCGAAGUUGGAAGGCUAGUUAGACUGGCUGAACCACCUCCAAUCAAACCGUUAAAAAAGGCACCCACAUGGACAGAUGAAGAUGUCCCACAGUACGAGAUACCCUUGGCAUGCCCGGAAACUGCUAACUUCCCCAGGCCGUCACCUCGACCACGCCAGAACCCCCCUCCUCGGCGUCGACAUGAAGCUGGGAAAGCAUCAAAAGUCUCUAGAGAGUCGGCAAUUCGCUCAAGUGUCGACAAACUAUUGAAAGAAGUUACAAGCCGUAUCAAUGCCGACUUACCAACACAACAUGAGACUGCCGUAUCUCAAGCUCAGAAUCGGACACAACCGGAGAAAUUUGAUGUUAGGGAAUUUAGUGAUUUCACCCGCCUUCUCCGCUCUGUGACACCCGAGAAUAAAGGUCUCGAUCGCGAGGCUCCUCACUGGCAGACAUGCUCAUGGAUAUUGGAAGAUCCCACUUUCGUCAAAUGGAAGGAAAGCAAGAGUGGCAGUCUCCUAUUCAUUACAGGGAGCCCUGGAUGUGGUAAGUCAAACUUGGCAAAGUACAUCCAGGGUGCAAUGAAAGCUUCGAACGAUGAAAGGUGGGAGGAGAGCCUUGUCAUACCAUUCUACUGUGAUAGUCUGGAGAGCUCUCGCCACAAUCCUCCAAUAUUGGAUCUUGUUGUCCAAUCUAUGUUGAGCAAGUAUACCACCAUGUCACAAGCGACAAGGAAAAAGCUCGAAUCAGUCUUGGAAACCCUUGGGGUAGAUAGACAGAAGUCACGAUCACCUCUCGAAGCCGAGAAUAGCGGGCAUUUCAUCCAAUUGAUGGAAAUUGUCCAAUUGCUGGUGACGGCUGAAGAUGCUAGACCAACUUGUCUCAUAAUUGAUGGUCUAGAUCAAUGUGAAGACGAAUUCAUCAUCCGGUUGCUCCGUGGGUUAGAUACGAUUUUUCGUCGUGAGUCUUCUGUCUCAGCCCUCAAAGUUGUUGUAACAUCACGCAUGGCAGACUCGAUCCGAGGGUUCGCGCUCGCAAACAACCACAUAGAAGUCACACCAGGUUUGAUCCUCAAUGAUAUCCAAAAAGUAGUCGAUGAAGAAGUCGACCGCAUUAUCUUGAGUCGCCGAAUAGCCACUGUUGGACGAGCUUCUGUUUCAGCCGUCAUCGUUGAGAGGUCGAAUGGAAGUUUCCUUUUCGCAUCAGCAGUCCUCAAGGAACUGUGGCACAUCAAAGACACAGGCGCUAACUCAGUCUUUACACUUGUUACAAGCUGUCCCCCAACCAUGGAAGCGAUAUAUCAACAAGACAUGGACCGCAUUCAGAAUGAUCGCAACGAUUUGUUUCAGUUGAUUCUGAUUAUCUGCAUAGCAAGGUCGACCUUGAGAAUAGAAGAGGCCAAGGAGAUCCUUCGGUUUCUAAAUCCCUCGGUAACAAGGACUUACGAUCUUGUCGGCGAUUUGACAAGAACAUGCCAGCGACUGAUUAGAUUUGGCGCCGAGGACACUCUCGAACUUUUGCAUCAGACUCUUUACGACUUUAUUCUCGACACCUAUGAUGUCAACCUCGUACAUCAAACCCUCGCAACCGCAUGCCUCAACUACGUCAGGGAGAUAGAUUGGGAAUCUUACUACGACCCAUGGACAGACUACUGUAGAGAUGCUCUUGCAGAUCAGUAUGUAUUUCUGGAAUACUCUUCGGCUUGGUUUCGGUAUCAUUUGAAGUUCUUUGGGCCAGAUACCCACAAGAUAUCCCAGGAUUUAUGGGAUUUCAUCCGCUCCCCAGCUGGGGAAAAGUGGCGAUAUUACACGUUCCAGAAACGUACUUGGGGAUCCAGAAGUCCAUCGCCAACACGAUCGCCUGCGUUAUUCAGGCCUCAGACACCGAGUCCUUCUAGGUCUAGGACCAGGUCCUCGAAUGGGUCCAGGACUCGAUCGCCCCCUGCAAUAGAACGCCCACAAACCCCUUCCUCAGCUAUUGACAAGGAGAAUGAAGACGAAGCCGAGGCUGGAUACCUAUCGGACGGCACAGACGAUAGUGUGAGUGCAUGUGACUCUGACGGAUCUGGAGGCCGUGGGCGAUUGAUCACCACGGAUCAAACUUCCAUUCGAUCAGCAAAACCACCCUUGGUGUUGCUCGCUCAGUGGGACGCGGAUCUUGUAAUCAAAGAGAUCUUCUCUCAAGCCCUGAAACUUACCCCAAACCGCUUCCUCCACAAAAUCCAUGAUCUUCUCGUUCAUAUUUCCCCAAAAUCAAAGCAACAAGUUGAAGAAGACCUAGAGACACUAGUCAACAACAUAUGGGAGGGCACUACAGCAAUACACUAUGCUGCAGCCCAGCCGGGGGCAGCUUUGGAGGUGCUUCUGCCUUUCGCAAGGAAUUUAGAUCUGCCAGAUAAUGACGGGUCAACACCUUUGAUCCUUGCCGCAGUCCGUGGCCAUUGCCGGAGCGUACAGGCUCUUCUCAAGGCCGGCGCCAAGAUAGAUGCUGUUGAUCCAUGGAACCAAACGGCAUUGUUCACUGCGGUUGAUGUUGGCGCAGUGGAUGUUGUUCGAACACUUCUUGAGUUUGGGGCGGAUCCCAACAUUUCAUCUAUCAACGGUCAUUCACCACUUGCACUUGCUACAGGGAAGAAUAGUUCUGAAAUGGUCGAACUAUUAUUGGAGUUCUCAGCGGACCUUGACGCUCCUGCAUUCGAUGGAAAACCUAUACCUUUCUUAGCUAGCUGGAUGGCGAGUACUGAUGCCCUCGAGAUUCUGGUACCACAUAACGACGUGGAUCAAGUUUGGCGAAAUGAGCGCUUGAUUCACAUGGCAUGCUUCAAGGGAUGGAAAGGGGUCGUUGAUAAGCUUGUCGAGAAGCAUGCGAACCUCGAUGAUCCUCCCAGAGAUCUGCCAAAAGCUUCACCAGUGGCUCUGGCCGUUGAGUCGGGCCACAGCGAUGUUUUGAGAACGCUUUUGGCUGCGGGUGCUGCAGUCGAGUGCCCCGUGAAGGGGAUGAGCUCUCCCCUACACAUAGCAGUGGCGGCUCAGAAUUUAUUGGGCUGUGAGCUGCUUCUUGAUGCUGGAUGCCAAGUCAACGCAGAAGACAAGGAUGGAAGCACGGCCCUUUCAAUAGCGGCAGAUCUAAAUGAUCUCGACAUGGUCGAAUGCCUUGUCUCGCACGGAGCUGAUUCAAGUAAACCGGAUUAUGAAACACCCCUUCAUAUUGCCGUGGACUGGGGAAACCUUGAGAUGGUCGAAAUUAUUCUUUCGAGCCGGUUCUUUUCCGAUAUAGACGCGAAAGGAGAAAAGGAAUACACUGCUCUUGGUAUUGCAGCGACAACUGGGAGAUUGGGCAUCGUCAGUAUGCUUCUUGAUCAUGGAGCAGAUCCAAACAUACGGAAUGGGCAGCAUAACUCAAGCGCUCCACUACACCUUGCAGCCAACAAAGGUCAUCGAGGUAUCGUGAUAGAACUCCUGAAGCGGGGUGCAGAUCCUUACCCAGAAACUACUAAAGAAUCCAGUGCCUUUCAUGCUGCUUGUAUAGGGGGCUGGUUGGAUGUGAUAGAAACUUUCUUGGAGGUUGUCGAUGAUGUUUCGGAGUUGGUCAACUUCGAAUGGGGCUGGGCAGGAACCCCUCUAAAAGCAGCGGCAUCAGGUGGGAGACUGGAUGCAGUGAAGUUACUUCUCAGUAAGGGCGCCGACCCAAACAAACAGCUGCAAUCCAAGAUCAAUAGGGGCCAGACUGUCAUCCAUGCCGCUGCAGAGGGAGGUAAUACCCAGGUUUUGGAAGUUAUCCUUGACGCAGUCGAUGACUCGUCACUUGAGAUACGUGAUAGAGCUCAGAGGACACCGCUCUGGUACGCUUGCGUGGAAGGACAUGAGGACAUGGUCAAGUAUCUACUUGAACGAGGAGCGUCAACAGAUGUCAUCUUUGAUGAUGGAGAAAACAUCAUACCCACCAUUGUGUCUGGAGGAUCUGAGAAGAAUUUGAAACUCGUAUUGGAGAAGAAUCCCAGCCUUGACACCGAUUGCAUCUUAGCGGAUGGCGAGACCCCAUUAUUCAAGGCGGUUUAUUCUGGCUACGGCAAGAUUGUGUCAAUCCUCUUGGAACGUGGUGCAGACGUGAACAGGAGAUCGAAAUAUGGAAACGUUCCAGUCUUUGGGGCGAUCACCAAUCGUCAGAAUGAGACUUUACGGAUUCUUCUCGAGCAUGAGUCCAUGGAUCUGACUCAACGGGACUCCUUCGACCGGACUGCGCUUCAGAUAGCACAGCAAUCGGGAACACGCUUGAUGCCUGCCAUGGUGUUAGGUUCUGCCAAAGACUCGGAUGUAGAGAGGAUACUUACCGAGAAUCGAGACAUGUAUGGGCUUAACGCUUAUGACCUGACCAGACCAGAAGCCAACAAUCCAGUACCAUUCGAUCGCUGUGUCGAAGGUGUACGUCAGGACGCCCAAAGCCUAUUGGAUGAUUUUGACCUUUACGGGGUAAGAUGGGAGCGCCUUGGCAAGUUUCUGCUCCAGCUUGGGUCGUACAGUUUCGCCCAAGUUGCUCUGCAAAGAAGUGCUCGAGCUGUAGAGACAAACCCCUUAGUUUUGAAGCAUGACAACUACUGUGAUAUGUGUCUUGACACAAUUGCAGGCCCUCGUUAUGUUUGUUGCACAUGCUGCACAGUCGACCUCUGCGAAUUGUGUGUCAGACAGGACAAGAAGCCGGGAAAUCGUACUUGGACCUGCGAUUAUCACACCUUUCUUGCUAUUUACUUGCCCAAGAUUCAGGCCCCAGACAUAAUGUUGAGGACUGAGGUUGACUUCCACAUACCAACGCGGCUGUCUCCCAUCGAAGAGGUAGCAUCUGAAACUAACCAAGGGUGGACAGAAGCAGAUGGCGAUGAACCUUUUCGGCAGCCUCCAUGUCUGCAGGAUGAUGAGGAUGCCCAGGAUAUCGUUUCUAUAUCCUCAGGUGACACUCCAAACAGCCAUACAAUGGCAAUCGAACCUCUCGCCACACAUUCCUCGACGGCAGUGACCAGCUAUUCUUUCGAUGAUGGUGGACUCCCAGAUAAAGCGACUAGCGAUAGCAGUGCGGUAGCAAAGGAAGAGUGGUCAGACAGAACAAAGGACGAGCUUCGAGAGUUUCUUGAAGCAGUUCUCAAAACUUUCACUGCCUACCAGACGCCGAAUGGAAUAUCUAAAUGGAGCUUUUCGGUCGAUGGGUGGACUUUGAGAUAUAAAGAUGAUGCUCUGAAAUCCUCAUGGGUGGAAGGGGAUGAGAAUGCGAGGCUUAUCCAGCCUGUACGAGAGUGGACGUCGCUUCAGCCGUUGACAGAGGCAUACUAUUACCUGUCAGGGCUUUCGUAUCUCAUGGCAGACGUACCACCGUACCUAGUUGCAACUGGACUAGCGUUCCACGGGUAUCAAGAUGAAGCCUUGAAAAGAAGGAGGAGGCUGCAGCGGCUGCAUCAUAAGGUGAUAUUUCCUGUUAAGCGUCACGGGGAGGUCGUAGUGUGA